AUGGCGUGGAUAGUGUCAAGGCAAAAGAAAAGUAGCCCUCAGAAGCACCGUCUUUUGCCGAGAUUGACGACAGGACCAACCGACGACCUCUCCCAUGUUCAGCUCUGCGCUACAUAUGCGCUUCAGUACUAUGACAAGGCCAUUCUUAGCCAGGCCGCCAUCUUUGGCCUCAAGUACUCAUGGGCCACUCUGAUCUUUUACUUCGGAUACAUUGCUGGAACUUAUCCUCUCUCCUUUCUGGCCCAAAAGUAUCCACCUCGUCUGGUGUGUACCGGUAUUUGCCUUGUCUGGGCAGUGGUAGUUCUCACCACGCCAGCCUGUAGGUCGUAUCAAGGUCUGCUGGUCAACUGCUUCUUCUUGGGACUCAUCGAGUCCGGUGUCUCUCCCAUUUUUAUGCUUGUCGUUAGCCUCUGGUACACCCACUCGGAGCAAGUAUUGCGGUCCAGCUACUGGUAUUCGUCCAGCGGUGGCUCGCUCCUAGUAUCGCCCCUCAUCAACUACGGCCUGGGCCACAUAUCAGGAGGCUCACCCCAUCCAUGGCAGUACAUGUAUCUCAUUGCUGGUGCGAUUACCUUUCUUUGGGGCGUUGUACUUUGGUGGGUAUUUCCAAAUACGCCUCACAAUGCCAAGGGCUUCAAAGAGGAGGAGCGAAAAUUGUUGGAGGAACGGGUGCGGGCCAACAACGCCGGAGCUGAGAACAAUCUUUUCAAAUCUUACCAGCUAAGAGAGGCGCUAACAGAUUAUCUCUGGGGCAUAAUAACCCUGUCCACGGUAUCUUGCACGGGCUCGGGUGUCGUUACUGCUUUUGGCUCCAUAAUUUUCAACGGCAUGGAUUCGACGUCUUCACAUCUCUGCUGUUGA